AUGCUCAAUGCUCCCUGGUCCUACUACAGCUCGUCUUGUGCACCGUGUCCAUUAUCGCUACGCUCUCCGCGGGGUCAAGUACAUAUAUCCGGCGAGCUCUUCACCAUGAGCUCGGAAAGCCCGGAGCAGCUCACGGACAUCGUCGUGUGGGUAGACACGACGCUCAGAGGGCAGGACCCGGGUAUCUCCCACCCACCCAGCAAUCCGCACUCAAAAUUCCCGUUCAACAAGAUGGGGAGCUUUUUCGAGGGAGCGGCGGGGGCGAUCGACGUUGCCGAAAUGGAGCGUCAAAACAUGAGCAAGGCCGAGGGUGAACAGUGUGCACUGGACGAUUUCUGGGGACUGGUUGCGAACCAGGUGGAACAGGCUGAAGCGACGGCGGCAAUGGAGCGAGAAGACCUUUUAAGUGCGCAAAUUAGGGCGAGGAUCAAGAAAGAAGAGAGGUACAGGCUCUGGGAGCAGGAGGACCGAAGGAAAAGGGAGACUAGGAGCGCCGUAAGAGAGCACCUGGAGGACCAUGCUCGCAGGGAGUACCUCGAGUCCGAGAUAUUCUACAACGCACCUUCGGCAGAGAUGGCCAUGAACUACACCUGGCCAACUCGUGGUUCGUUAGACGGAAUAACACUGGGUCAGCAAUCGUCCGGUUCGCUGAUGGGCGAUACGGAGGUGAGGUGGACGGGGAGGGGAAGCAGCGGCGGCGGUGGUGGUGGCGGAGGGGAGUCUCCUUGCACAACGUCGCGAGGUGGUGAUGACGCGGGAACAGCGGCGUCAGCAGCUCAGAGCAGUCGGAAAGUGCUGAACGAUUGGAGCCCGAGUAGCAGCAGCAGCAGCGGGGGUACAGGGAUGGAGGGCUCAUCGACCCGCCCGUUCCACGUCUUCCGCGGCAAGAAAACGCAUCAGGUUUUCCCGGCGAAAGACUGCUUCGUUCCUCCCCGACACCUCUCCGAGCCCACGACGAAACACGGUCUUAUCUCGGUGCACGCGUUGACUGCUGGUGCUGCUGGUGCUGCUGGAGCAUGCCCUGCCGGCCGAGAGAAAACUGCAGGACCCGAAACGGUCGACCCCGCCGGCGCCAACGCCCCCUCGGGGGUCUCCAAGGCUGUGCACCUGCCCCCCCUGCUUGAAACACCUGGGGAAGGCUGGCCUGCUGCGGUGCCCAUCGCCGGCAGAGCAGCUGUCACCGGUGAACCGCUCUCUUCGAACAAGAGGCCGCCCUCAUGGCAACGGCCGCGCUCGGUGUCCUCUUUCGAGCGCAAGCUCGCAGCCCGCCGCCAGCAGUGGUCGAGAGAGGCCGAAGAGGAGGCGGAGGAGCGAGCGUUCGAAGAGCAGUGGCGCACUCAGGAGCUGCUUCUAGGCGUACAGGGGCUCGAUGACGGGGGCUGGCAGGGUGGCGGUAUAGCAGGCUACCGCUACAAGGUCGGGGGAACUGCUGGCAUUUCGCAGGGGUCCACGCAGGCUGGACGCCGGUGCCACGGGAACGGGGGCGGUGUCAUGUGUACUCGGCAGCGUCGCGUACGGACCCGUGGCUGGCGAGACCGUGGCCACCACGACUGGGAUGAUGAUGGAAAGGUGACGGAGUUGGUUCCUGAGCUGGAAGAGAAGCUCCUGACCGAGAUGUUUGGCAUAUUGGAUGCCCGACAUCGGGGGGAGGUCCGUCUUGACGAGGUCUUGUUCUACAUGACGGAGAACGCUCAGGUUAAAUCGAUCUUGAAGCAAGUUCCCCUCUGGAUGCUGACGAAAACCCGUCGUUGGGCAUGGGUUGACGAGCUACUCGACGCCCAGCCCGGCCGCACGCUAACCUUGCCGGCGCUGCUGGCCUUCAGCCGCAGUCUUCACGAAGAGAGCCACGUACCACGGAAGCACCUGCGGCUCGCCACGGAGCUGCGGGAGGGUGGCGUAGAGCGGAAGGAUGUCCGCUCGAAGCGACUUUUGCCGGCUGAAUUUGUGGAAGGGGCAGAAGUGGAAGCGCUGUAUAGAAAGGGAUUUGAGCGAUACCGGGCAUGGAUCGUCAGGUGCCACGCAGAUGAUACCUUCGACGUACGCUUCACGCCCCCCCCCUCGCUUUGCUCGGACGGGUCGUUCCCCCGUCGGGGGGGGGAGGAACCAGUAGAACAACGACCCGAGUUGGAGACAUCCUCUCGAUUCUCCGGAUCGGAAGAGGACUGGACGAGCGAUGCAGAGAACUCUUCUCUGAAAGCGGAAGAAGAGUGGAAGGCAACCUGUGACAGCGUCGCCCGAUUCAUUGGCAUUCCGCCGGACCUCGGAGAAACCGAGACAGAGGUACUCCAAAAGGCCUUCGACGCCAUCGUCAACUUGGUUUCACCGACAACACAGGCGGCCCUCGGUAGCGACAAGGCCGACGCAGUUGGAGAUGCAAGAGGCAAAGGCGGGAAAGGAAUCACGACCCCCACCGCAAAUCAACCGCCAAACUCCAACCGUGAAGAUGCGACGCAGCAGGGGGGGCUUGCUCGUAGACGGCAGCACGAAGAUGGGGGUCAUCUGGAAACAAAAAACGGUGUUGUCGGGACCCGGGACGCUGACGCUGCGCCGCGGGUCCCCGCCAGUGAGAUAAUCCGUCUCCUGCGUGCAGGGGCUAUCGACGGCUACCGGCGAGCGAGUCCGGCCCUCAGCGCGGCGUGCAUUUACCCAGAGUUUGCGGAGGGAUUAGAAGACGCUGCCGCAACAAGAGGGCAGGACAGCGAAGCUCGCGCGGCAAAUCAUCCUAUCGCGGACUGCGGCACCGAUGAGGGGGACACACGUGGGGGGCAGCAAGGUGGUGGGGGCGAAGAGGAGUGGGGGGUAUCGAAGGAGGAGUUUUGUGACUACUUUGAAGCGGUCACGGAUCUAGUCGAUCUAAACGGUCUCAGCUUGGUCCCUCAGGUGCCACGCGGCCUCGCCCGACCAUCGGCGGUGGAAGGAGGAUGA